AUGACAGAAGAAAACAAUACCACUCCAAUCAAUGAAUUUGUAUUUGCCAGCUUAACAAAUAAUCGUGUACUGCAGAUAAUCAUCUUUCUAGUAUUCCUAACUUUCUAUCUUACUACUUUGGUGACAAACCUUGGAAUGAUUGCUCUAAUAAUUGUCAGUCCUCGCCUUCACAUCCCAAUGUACUUCUUUCUUAGCAACCUCUCUCUAUUAGAUGUCUGCUUUUCUUCUGUGGUGACCUGUAAGACCUUAGUAAAUCUCUUAGUAGAGAAAAAGUCAAUUUCUUUUACUGGAUGUGCUAUGCAAAUGUAUUUUGUAAUAGGUCUGGGAAGCACAGAGUGUUUUCUCCUUGCUGCCAUGGCAUAUGAUCGCUAUGUGGCGAUCUGUAAACCAUUAUUGUACCAAAUCCUUAUGUGUCCUAGACUCUGUAUUCUUCUUCUGGUGGGAUCAUAUAUUCUGGGGUUUUUGCAUUCUCUUCUUCAUACCAUCUUCACCUUUCAACUCUCAUUUUGUCAGUCAAAUGAGAUCAAUCAUUUGUACUGUGACAUCACUGCACUUCUGUCGCUUUCUUGUAAUGAUAUCUACAUCAAUGAGCUCUUGAUUUUUUAUGUAGCUGGACUUGUAGAAGCAACAACACUUCUAAGUGUCCUGGUUUCUUAUGUUUAUAUCCUCACCAAUAUUGUUGGGAUUGGAUCUGCUGCAGGUAGACUCAAAGCUUUCUCCACAUGCACCUCCCACCUGGCUACUGUUACAAUCUUUCAUGGAGCCAUUCUCAUUCUGCAUUUCCGGGCCAGGUCUAGUGGGGGAUCUUCUGUCCAAGAUGUGGUUGACAAAUUUUUGUCCGUGUUCUACACCAUUGUUAUCCCCAUGCUGAAUCCUUUGAUCUAUAGCCUGCGAAACAAGGAAGUGAAAUAUGCCUUAGGAGGAAUUCAAAGAAAAGUAUGCAAUGAAAUGAUAAGCUAG